AUGAGUUCAAUUGGCACUGGUUACGAUCUGUCCGCGUCACAGUUCUCCCCCGAUGGACGCGUGUUCCAGAUUGAGUAUGCGGCAAAAGCGGUCGAGAAUAGUGGCACGGUAAUAGGACUGCGGGGCAAGGAUGGAGUUGUGCUGGCCGUUGAGAAACUUAUCACGAGCAAACUGUACGAGCCGGACUGCGGUACACGAAUCUUUACCAUCGAUACAUCCAUCGGAAUGGCUGUCAGUGGAAUGAUUACCGAUGGCCGGGCUGUUGUGGAUAUUGCUCGGCAGGAAGCUGCCAGCUACCGACAGCAGAAUAAUCGCGCCAUUCCGCUAAAACACUUGAACGACCGUUUGUCGAGCUACUUCCACGCGUACACCCUGUACAGUGCCGUGCGACCAUUCGGAGUGAGUGUAAUCCUAGCGUCCUGGUCCGAGGAAAAAGGCGCCGAAAUGUACAUGAUCGACCCGUCCGGAGUGUCUUGUGGCUACUUUGGAUGCGCCGUUGGAAAAGCGAAACAAACAGCCAAAACGGAAAUUGAAAAAUUGAAACUUUCCGAUAUGAGUGUGAAGGACCUCGUGCUUACAGCUGGCAAAAUCAUCUAUCAGGUGCACGAUGAACUGAAGGACAAAGACUUCAAGCUGGAACUCAGUUGGGUGUGUCAGGAUUCGAAGGGCAUCCACAAGACGGUACCGGCCGAGGUAUAUGCUGCAGCGAACCGUGCCGGCCAGGAAGCAGUCGACGAGGACGAUAGUGAUAACGAAAUCUAA